UAGACUAUAUAUUCUUCUUUCUCCACCAAGGCCAAUCAGCUUCCCCGAAUUAUCUUCUUCUUCUCCAUCCAUCCUUUGCCAUUUCCAAUCAAUAUUCUUAUCAUCAUGGGCAGCUUAGAGGGUGAAAGGGAAACAGUGGGAUGGGCAGCAAGAGACCCAUCUGGGGUUCUUUCCCCUUACACCUAUAGCCUCAGGAGUACUGGGCCUGAAGAUGUUUAUAUCAAGGUUCUUUGUUGUGGGCUCUGCCAUUCUGAUCUUCACCAGGUCAAGAAUGACCUUGGCAUGUCCAAUUAUCCCUUGGUUCCCGGGCACGAAGUGGUUGGUGAGGUGGUGGAAGUGGGGGCAGGCGUGGGAAAAUUCAAAGAGGGAGAGAGGGUGGGAGUUGGGCUGAUCGUGGGGUGCUGUAGGGCCUGCCGCCCUUGCAAACAAGGGAUUGAACAGUACUGCCCCAAAAAGAUCUGGAACUGCAAUGAUGUCUACACCGAUGGCAAGCCCACCCAAGGUGGCUUUUCUUCUCACAUUGUCGUUGACCAAAAGUUUGUAGUGAAAAUACCAGAAGGGCUGGACCCAGAACAAGCAGCCCCACUUCUAUGUGCGGGUGUGACAGUAUACAGCCCACUAAAGCACUUUGGGCUGAAACAGAGUGGGCUAAGGGGAGGAAUAUUGGGCCUUGGAGGGGUUGGGCACAUGGGUGUGAUGAUAGCAAAGGCAAUGGGCCAUCACGUUACGGUGAUAAGCUCAUCUGGUAAGAAGAGGGAAGAAGCAUUGGGCCAUCUGGGCGCGGACGAUUAUGUGGUGAGCUCAGAUGCAGCCCAAAUGCAAGAGGCCGCUGACUCGCUUGACUACAUUAUUGACACUGUCCCGGUCGGCCACCCCCUCGAGCCAUAUAUCUCUUUGCUCAAGGUUGAUGGGAAGCUAAUCUUGAUGGGCGUUAUCAACACCCCUUUGCAAUUUGUUUCUCCCAUGCUCAUGCUUGGUAGGAAGAGCAUAACGGGAAGCUUUAUAGGAAGCAUGGAAGAGACGCAAGAAAUUCUGGAGUUCUGCAAGGAAAAGGGGGUGCGGUCCCAGAUUGAGGUGGUGAAGAUGGAUUACAUCAACACCGCAAUGGAGAGGCUCGAGAAAAACGACGUCCGCUACAGAUUUGUGGUCGACGUUGCAGGAAGCAAACUCCACACUUGAUUAAUUAGAGCUACAUAAAUAUUAGUAAAUAAAUUCUUUAUCUCCUUAUUUGAAUGCUUUAAUGCAGUUUUGGUAAGUUUUUCUUCACAAUGUCAAGGAGACCGUCUAAAUAUUGACAUUGCAGGGGAAAACUUACUAAAAUUGUAUAAAAUCAUUCAAAUAAGGAGAGAGAUAAUUUAUUUGCUAAUAUUUAUGUGGUUAUUUUUCAUGCCACAUGUACACCGUGCACACUAUAGCAUUGGAGAUGCUCUUAGAUGCAUGUCAAAAAUUAAAGGGAUGGAUAAAUAUACACACACAUCUUCAAAUAAAAUAUUCAUGUGUUUGCUUCAGUUUUUGUAUUAAUUUGAAUUUCCAUAAGUGUACGUGGUUUUAACGUAAUUAAAGAUUGAGAGAGGUUAUACUACUCCGUAGUAUAUAUAAUGUAAUGAGAAUUGAUGAUCUUGUUGUGGACUUUUUGUUGGACUAAUGAAAAAUUAACAUCUCCUUCACAGUAUUAUGUAGGCG